AUUGCCAUAUCAAAAUACAACAAGAAGGUCGUGGAAACUAUCUCGAGAGAAUUAGACAGGAGAAUUUGGAGAAAAUAAUAUUGGAGGAAGUAUUCAAAUCAGAUAAUGAAGAAGUGGAUAUCGAAUUAAUCACUAGUGGAAUGGCAGAUAUGACUUCCUUUCGUGAGAGAAAGAGGUCAAAUGAG